GGGGUGUCGUGUCCCCCCUUUCCCAGGUGCUGGACCCGGCGUUCCGGGGACCCUUCGGGAACGUCAACCGGUGGUUCCUCACCUGCCUCAACCAGCCCCAGUUCAAGGCUGUACUGGGAGAGGUCCAGUUGUGCCAGAGGAUGGCCCAGUUCGAUGCCAAGAAGUUUGCGGAGACACAGGCCCGGAAGGAGGACAAACCCCCCCGCAAGGAGAAGGAGAAGGAGCCCCCCAAGAAGGAGAAACCCCCCAGGAAGGAGGAGAAGCGGCCGGAGGCCGAGGAGGAGCUGGAUGAGUGUGAGCAGGUCCUGGCAGCCGAGCCCAAGGCCAAGGACCCCUUUGCCCACCUGCCCAAGAGGUGAGGGGGCAUCUGGGGGAGGGGGUUGGGGG